UUGGUUAACUAAGGUCACCUUGACAGAACGCUUCCCUGUCCCUCUGGCGCUACCUCUGUGGUGCCCUGACCUGCCUCUCUACUAGAAAUUAUCUACCUGUUCCGGAGGUUUCCUGGAAAUCCCGGCUUCCCAGCUCCCUGCCUGCAAGCAGAAUUAUCCGCCGGUCCUCACCCCCAAACUCUGGGACAGCAGUGGGGCUGCACUUGCCAUUAAUGGCCAUCAUCUAUUUUUAAUCGGAAGAUCACAAGAAAGAUGAUAAGCGAAUCCCAGUCGCAAGUCAAUUUAAAUAGCAUUCCUGGGGAAAUCCAAUCACUUAAAACCGAGACACCUACGCUAGCGAGAGCCCCCGCCGGUCUGGCGGGCCUAAGCACGAAGGCUGAGUUAAUCAAGAUCAAGGGGCUCCCUGGCUGAGAGCGGAGCGUUAACCCUUCCAGUCCCAGAGAACGACUAGGCAAGAGAGGAAAGACACGGCCGGCCUGAGCCAAGAUGCCCGCGGCAGCCCCGCGCAUGCUGCCUCUACCAUUUAGAGCGGCUCCAGACGCCUCGCACCCGACCCGGGCGGUUGGGCGCUCGAGUUUAAGGUCAGAAGCUCGGGAAACUGCUUGGGCAGCGAGUAGCCGCCGCCGCCCGCAUCCUCCGCGCGCCGCGGGCUCCUCCUCCCGCCCAAGCGUGGCCAAGUGAGGACUGCUCCGGCCGCAGGUAGCUGAGGCGCGAGAGGCGGCGCGCGCGGUACCCGAGCGGAGCGCCGGGGAGGGGCCGACGGACGCGCGGGCGGACGGACUCCUCAGCCUCCCUUCCCGGACGUUAGCCGCGGUCUGCGCGGGCCAUGUGGGGACCCGGGGUCACGGCCGAGGGCCUGUCGGUGGCUCCGGCGCCGCCGCCUUUGCUGCCGCUGCUGCUGCUGCUGGCUCUGGCGCUGGUGGCGCCCUCGCGGGGCGGCGGGGGCUGCGCGGAGCUGGCGUGCGGCGAGCGGGAGCGCUGCUGCGACGCGACCAACGCCACCGCGGUGCGCUGCUGCAAGCUCCCGCUGCACGCCUUCCUGGACAACGUGGGCUGGUUCGUCCGCAAGCUCUCGGGGCUGCUCAUCCUGCUGGUGCUCUUCGCCAUCGGUUAUUUCCUGCAGCGCAUCAUCUGCCCCAGUCCACGCAGGUACCCGCGCGGCCAGGCCCGCCCGGGGCAGCGGCCCGGGCCUCCGGGGGGCCCCGGACCGCUGGGCGGCGCGGGGCCGCCCGACGACGACGACGACUCGCCCGCUCUGCUGCGCGACGAGGCGGCCGCGGGCUCGCAGGACUCACUGCUGGACAGCGGCGGCAGCGGCCGGGGCCGGGGAGGCUGCGGGCGCUCGGACCCCUCCUGCACCUCGGAACACGAGCUGCGCGUAGUGUCGCCGGCCUUCCUGCAGCUGCCCAGCUACGAGGAGGUCAAGUACCUGCCCACCUACGAGGAAUCCAUGCGUCUACAGCAGCUCAGCCCCGGGGAGGUCGUGCUCCCAGUGUCGGUGCUUGGCCGCCCGCGAGGCGGGGGCGCCGCGGAGCCCGACGGCGGCGAAGGCCGCUUCCCCCUCAUUUGAGCGCUCGGGGAUCGGCGGCUGGUGCAGGGCUGGGGGCUGCGGGUGGCACGCAACGGCCAGGUGCCGCCGCCGCCAACUGCCUCAGACCCUAUCUGGCACCCCGGCCUAACUGCCCGGCACCCCGAGACUGGGUUGUGGUCACUCGUGUCCCUAGCGUUCUCCCGGGAGGUUACGUUUCCCUGCGUUUCAUUCCGUUGAAAGAAACGUGGGGGACGCGCGCGGCUGCGGCUGUAGCAGGCAACUCUCGAACGCACCUUCGAAGGACGUCCCCGCCCUCUGCCUUACCUGGUCCUGUGGUUCACUCGUAAGUGCCUGCUUCCCGAGUCAAAGAGAACACGUGAGCCCUUUGGUGCGUCGGGAGAAGGGCGGUCUUCUUUAGGGUUGAGGAGAAAGCGCAGUUCCACUCCUUUCCCUACCUGCCACUUGGACAGGUCACGGUCUCCCAGGGUGGGCACAGGGCGAGGAGCCGUUGGGGACGGGCCGCGACCCGGGACUGCUGCGCGUGGGUGUGGAGAGCGGCACUUGGGUAUGAUGGAAUCCCUCCCACGCGGCGGACCCCCCCAAAAAAAACCCCCUCGGUGUCUUCCUGAUCCAGCAAAAUAGUCACAGCUGGUGUUUCACAAUUAGCUGGAGUGCGGGGAGUGGGGGAGGGGGAACACCUGUGAUACACGGUUAGUUGCUGUAGAUACUCAGGGCGCAGCAACUACGUAUACCCAUUCGGCUGGACUUUUGAUUGUUCAAUAAUUGAGAAGGUAUUUCUAUUUAUUUGUCUUUUCUUCUAAUAUUUUUACCAUGCAUUGCACCCAACAGGAGGGUAUUUCAGCAAAUUCGUGACAAGGUAAUCGUCUUAUCACUUUUUGUAGGGCAUUAAUGGUCAGGAAAUUGCCCACACUCUGUCAUUAUUGUUUAAUAAAACGUUGGACAUUAUUUCAUUAAAAAAGAUAAACAGAGGUAUGGUCAAACAAGGAAGCAUAUUUGACAUAAUAAACAUGAAGGAUAUCUUAUUUUCACUAUUUGAGAAGAAUAUAUUUUAUUUUUAGUACUGUGGCAUAAUAUAUAACUUUUUAUAAUAACUGUAUGCAUUAUGUAGUAUAGCGCUUAAUUGUAUCAUUCAUCACAUAUGUAAAAAUAAUUAACAUGUACAUGCCAUAUCAUGAAACAUGUGAUGUGCAUUUUCUCCUCCAUUUUUCAUUUGGAAUACAUUCCACAACAUAAUCCAAAACAUAAACACUUGUGACUUGUAAUUUUUGUUUAAAGCCAUUAAUUGUGCAGUGAUGUGCUACAGAAGGAUUUGAUGAGCUUCUCUUAAGAAACAAGUGUGAUUGUAUCCGUUUCCUGUUCUGUGACAUACCCUUUAAAAGUAAAAGGUAAUAGAGCAUAUUUUAAUACAUUGUGUGUAAUGUACAUAUGCAUAUUGUCUAUGUACUGUAUACACAUUGUUUAUAAUAUUGUAUUAGUUUGUCAUUCUCAUGAAAGGAGAAGAAGGAAAACAAAUACAAAAGGUUUCUCUGCUUGAGAAAACGUCAAUGUUGUUGUAUCAAGAACAAUUACACACAUGGAUCUCAUACAUGUUUUUAGAACAUUGUUCUUCUGAUUAAAGAAGUCCGACACUCUUGAAAAAUCUUUAAAUAUCUGAUUUGUAUUAGAAGAAAGUUAUUUGAUUAAACUUUUAAAGGCUGGUAGAAAAAGUCUGACAUUUCUGAGAAAUUUUAAAAUGUAAUAAAAGAGAACGGUUAACUUUAAAUUUCUAAAAACUAAUGACCCUAUGACUAAAGAAAAAUCAUUUCAAAUGUAUUAAAACAUAGCAAAUCAUUAAAAUCUUUGUGCAAAUUUUAUCAGAUGUGUGGCUAUAUGGUAGUAUAUGAAAAUAUGAAAUAUGUAUUUGUCAUUUAAAGCAAUUUGAGCUGUGAAUUGACAAAUGUAUCAGGAGAUGAGGCUAUAUCCAUUCAGAAUGGUACAAAAUUUAAUUACAUUAUAGAGGUAAUCACAUAUAUUAAUGUUACUCAAAUACUGUAAAUUUUUGUUAUAUGUGGCUAUCAAUACUACUCACCAUUCAAACAAACUGGAAAGUUGCCAUAUUUUUAAAAAUGAUUUAUUCUUUGAGGUUACACUGUUUUAGACAUUUCACAAAUGUUACCUGUAUCUGAAACAUCAACGUAAAUAUCCAAAUACCUGUACCAGUAUAAGAAGCAUAGUCUAUAUGUAGUUACUGUAACAUCUUAAAGAAAUUUAACAAAAUUAUAUAAAAAAUACUUACAAUGUGGAUCAAGUAUAUAUCUUUUAUCAACUAUGGAACAUUUCUCUACUUAAAAAUCUAGAAUGUCUAUAAAGUAGUAUACGCUUGAUACCAAUCACACAAUGAGGUUUACUGAAUUUUAAAAUAACAGGUUUUCACCUGUCUUUUUUACCAGCCCAACCCACAAGCUUUUAUUCACUUCCCUCAGUUCAAUAGAAAUGAAUUGACUCUGCCGUUGGGUUUUUGUUUGUUUGUUUCCUUGCAAUCCACUGAUUUACCAAGGACAAUUUUGUUCAGGCAUAAUUCUGUGGAAAAAAAUUAUUUAAAACACUGUUUUUAUUAGUGAUAAAUGAGCAUGUCUCCUGGUAAUACAUAUACAUAUAACAGCCCAUAUUAACAGAACCUGUGUGUUUGUAGCGCUGAACUGCCUGGAUAGAAAUAUUUUCAAAGCAGUAAGGGCAGUAUCUGGGUGUUAAAUUUUAUAGAUUUCACCUGGAAAUUAUCUGUUACCUAGACAGAACCUAUUAUAUAUAAUUGCAUGUGUUUAUUAAUACAGAAAAUAUUCUGUUACCUGAAAAAAAUUACACAGAAAUGAUGAUUUUACGUAUUUUUAGUAUUCUGUAGUAAAAGUGGAGGAUAAAACAUUGUGUUCUUCAAAUAUAUGUAGAAUAAUACAGUAUUAACUUAUGGCAUGAAGUAUUAAUGGAAUUCAUAUAAAACUAAUUUUAUGGUAUAUCUAUCUUUUUUUUUUUUUUUUUUUUUGAGAAAAGAUUUCAUUUUGUUGCCCAGGUUGAAGUGCAGUGGCAUGAUCACAGCUCACUGCAGACUUGACUUUCUGGGCUCAAGGGAUCCUCCUGCCUCAGCCUCCUGAGUAGCUGGGACUACAGGUGCACGCCACCACACCCAGCUUAAUUUUUGUAUUUUUUUUGUAGAGAUGGCGUUUCACCAUGUUGCCCAGGCUAGUCUCAUCCUCCUGGGCUCAAGUGAUCUGCCUGCCUUGGCUUUCCAAAGUGCUGGGAUUACAGGCUUAAGCCACCAUGCCCAGGCUGUGGCAUAUAUAUCUUAACCAAACCCACCUGGGAGUGCAGUGUUUUCUAGUACUAAGUGAGCUGUUGCUCCUGGUUUUCAGUUAUCAAAAUAAUUUGAAUACUAAAACAUUUUAAGCACAUUUUAUUUUCACUGGCUUCUCAUGAGUAGGGAAAUAAUGAUCCUGCAUAUUAUAAUCCAUCUGGAAUGUAAAAAAAAUGAUUGAUUUUCUAAAUUUAGGUGCUAGAUAUAUAAAUAUGUAUAUUGUAUAUGUACAGUUGGCUUUCCUGUAUCUGUGGGUUCUGCAGACGCAGAUGCAACCAACUAUAGAUAGAAAGCAUAUUUUUUUAAUUUUUUGAAAAUUUUUUAAGAAAGAAAAUAUAACAUUUAAAAAUGCUAAUUAAACAAUACGGUUUAACAACUAUUUACAUGACAUUUAUAUUGUAUUAAGUGUUAUAAGUCAUCUAGAGAUGAUGUAAAGUAUACGGGGGAUAUGCAUAGGUUACAGCCGCCUACACCAUUUAUAUCAGGGAGUUGAUUUUGACCUCUGCAAGGGGUCCUAAAACCAAUCUCUAUGGAUACUUAGGGAUGACUGUAUUGUGUGUGUGUGUGUGUGUGUGUGUGUGUGUGUGUGUGUGUGUAAUCACCAGUUGCUUAAAAGCAAUUUGUUAUGGGUGUUCAAUAUCAUAACCAAGGGAAAAAUGUCUUCUUGAGAUAGAAUGAUAGUUUUAAGAGGCCAUUAAUUGCCACAUUCUGCAAAUGUGAGUGUGCUUCAACCAUGGAAAAUGGCAUUGGCAAUUAUGUCAAAGGGCAUGAAAUGUACUCUAUAAGGAAAGCAAGAUUCAAUUGUAAAGUCCAAAGGGAAUAUUAGGAAAUGGACUCACUUAACAAUUUAAAAGGCAAUAUGGUAAGUACCUUAAUGUUGUACUUUUUGCAUACAGUUUCCCUCAAGUGGAACUAAUAAAGGAAACAAUGGAAACAA